AGAGAUAAGGCACCCAUAAAGCCAACAAGGAGAGGUUAAAGAGUGCGUGUGACACUUUUUGAGUGUGGCGAGCUUACAAUGGCAUCCACGGCAUCGACUCUGUCAUGGACUUCGUCGUCUUUGUUUCAGAGCUUUGGCGGAAACGCAAAUGGACCUACCAAAUUGUCAGUCAGGAGAACAUCCAUGGUGAUUUUGGCCCAAAAGAAAGCCAAGAAGACGAGAACGAUAAUUCUGAAAGAGGAUGUAGCUGAUUUGGGAAAGCAAGGGCAGCUUCUUAACGUGAAGGCUGGAUAUUACAGGAAUUUUCUGCAUCCUCUGGGCAAGGCACAGAUUGUCACUCCGCUUCUGCUCAAGGAAAUGAAGAUAGAAGAGGAAAGAAUUGAGGCUGAGAAAAAGCGGGUAAAAGAUGAGGCAGAGCAGCUAGCUCUUAUUUUUGAAACUGUCGGAGCUUUCAAGGUGAAGCGCAAAGGUGGAAAAGGGAAACAGAUUUUUGGAACCGUUACGGCUCAAGAUCUUGUUGACAUAAUCAAGGCACAACUUCAGAGGGAUGUGGACAAGCGAAUUGUUUCUCUUCCAGAGAUCCGGGAAACAGGAGAAUACAUAGCCGAACUGAAGCUUCAUCCUGAAGUCACUGCCCGAGUGAGGUUAAAUGUUUAUGCUAACUGAGGACAAAACACCUUCUGCAGUCAUCUAACCAGCGGCCCACUUUUGUAUAACUUGUGUUAAUACAGGGUCCAUGAUCAUCUGGUAAUGAGGAACCAUUCUAGAGUUGCAGAUUAUUUCAGGAAACUACUUCACCAUUGAAGCCCUUGAAAUUGCUAGGGAGAAAAAACAGUAAUCCUGUUCAGUGGUUGUAUAACUCCUUUUUUAUUUUCUGUUCGUGAGUUUUACAUAUUCAAAAUAUGUCCCAAAUGGCUAAGAUGGUUGUUCCUACAUGUUGAAAUAGGCACAUACCAUGGAUUAAAAUGCUGCUUUAAAUUACUCAUUUUUUGGUCCUUUGUAUGUAACGUUUUUAUAUUUCUCUAAAUUAAGCUUUUGGCUGCCAAACUUA